CUUCACUUUACUAUCCGCUCCAUGUGUACCACGUGAGUACACCGGAUGUGUCCCAAUCUCCUUUCCGAGAUAUUCGAGUGCCCUAGGUAACCCGUACAAGCCGCGCAUCGCAAAGUGCGCCUACGUAUUCAGCACUGAGGGAUUUGUAGCGCGCGCGGUGUUUAGGCCGCCGCCAUUUUGCAGUGCAGCCGAAAUGGGUUCCGACCUCACGUUCUGGUGAUAAUGAAAAAAGCAAUAUUUACCGACAGAUGACACGUUUUAACAGGAUAAAGAGCUACGGGGAAAUGUUGCUAGUCGAUCGGUUUUUAGUGUUACACCAGCGGUUGCCUAGCAACAGUUGUACACUUAGAGGCAUGGCGUUGUUUGUCCUAGCAGGAAAAGCAGAUUGUCCUCAUUAUGCCAAAGCCGAACUUCUCGCAGAUUUCCUGCAGACCGUUCUGCCAGAUUUCCGCAUUCACAAGAUCUGCAUGCUGCCUAAUGCCUGGGAGGACUGGCUUAAAGACAUUUGUUCAUCCAACGGCUGGAAACACCAGAGCAGUCCCAUUGUGUGGAGGGAGCUGACUGAGCGUGGAGGAAAAGCCAUGCUUCUCGGAGGAAUCAGUGAUUUUCUCGAACACGUGCAGGGCUACUAUGGUAUUAUGUCAGACAUGAGCACAGAGCUGAUGUUGAGCAUCGCAGACGAGAAUCAUCAGGCGACACAGCUGUAUCUGCAGGAUGAAGAGAACCGACGGAAACUCCACCAAUCCUGCCACAUCUGGAUCAACAGUGCUCUAAGCCCGAUCUGCUACCACCUCGUCCCACUGCUCUUCACAUCCGGCAUAUUCACCACUGUCUCCUCUGUCAGCCUCCACCUUUUGGACACAGAUGCCAGUGAAGAAUCUUUAUUAGCUCUUAAAAUAGAACUCGAGGACAUGGCUCUGCCACAGCUUCACGCCGUCACCGUCCACUCCGACUUGACGCGGGCCUUCCAGUCAGCCGAUCUUAUCGUCCUCCUGGACGACCGGGGACCGGACAAGGACACGGAGCAUCUGAACCAAGUGGUGAAAAGAUUUGGUCAGUACGGAAGUCUGAUCGAGGACAAUGCGCAUAAGGACGUUCGAGUGCUGGUGGCAGGAAACGUCUACACCAACCUGAAGUGCAGCCUUCUGAUCGAGAGUGCACCCUCGGUGGAUCCACGUCGCAUCGUGGCGAUCGCAACCCAGCUGGAGGGAGAAGCGAGGACUCAGCUCGCCAUGCAGCUGUCAGUAAAAAGCAGUGAUAUCACUGAUGUCAUCGUUUGGGGAAACAUCAGUGGUCAUUUCCACAUCGACCUACAGCGAGCUAAGAUUUUUAGAUACAAAGGUGCCAUCUGGGGACCUGAAGGAUUCUUUAAGGAUGUCUUGGACACUGUUUGUGAUAGAAAAUGGCUGAAGAACGACUUCCCAGGCCUGGUCGCUUCGCGUCGGAGCGCCAUUUCUCUCAAAACUAGCAAGCCCGCGGCUAUUUCAGCCGGCAGAGCAAUCAUUACAGUGCUCAGCGCGUGGAUCAACGAUUCCUCUCCUCAGGAGAUCUUCUCACUGGGUGUAGCUAGUACAGGCCAAUUCAAUAUUCCUGCUGGCCUCGUUUUCUGCGUUCCCGUGACCUUCCAGAAGGGCGAGUGGUCAGUGUGUUCAGACGUCACCAUCACCGAGGAGCUGCGUAAGGAACUGGAAGCUGCUGUCAGUGAGAUUAGAGCGGAGAAAAGCAGUGCAGACAAAAUAAGGAAGAAAAGGUGCAAGAAAUCAUCUCUGAAGUCUUAGGCUUUUAUUUGGAUUUAAUCGUUUAUUUUGGCACAUGUUCAUCAACUAUUUAUGGAAAUCUUGCCCUCGGUUUGGGCGUCGACGUUGUGCAUGCUUUGCUGUUUCGUCACCUUGCCG